GGGAAAGAAAGGCGCGCUCACCUGGACCGCGCGGCUCAGCGGCACAGAAUGCUGUCGCCCUGCUUGUUCACCGCGCCGGCCUGCAACAGCAACGGACACCAAGGGGAGUGACACUUUCUCAGCUCUGCUUCCUUGAAAACCAAGAUGAGCCACACUCACGCUGAGAGGUACGUGAUGACCAUGAUCGAUCUGUUCCACAAAUACAGCAAACCUGAUGACAUGAUUGACCAGCCGGGCCUGCUGAUGUUGCUGAAGGAGAAUUUCCCUAACUUCGUCAAGGACUGUGACAGACGGGGCAACGAUUACUUGUCCCAUGUCUUUGAGGAAAAGGAUCAGAACGAGGAUAAGAAGAUCCAGUUUUCGGAGUUUCUGUGCUUGCUGGGGGACAUAGCCAUGGACUACCACAGGCAGAGCCACGGAGCCCCGCCCUGUUCUGGGGGAAGACAGUGAGCGCGCCCAGCCCCAGGCUGCCAGAAACCACAAGAAAUAAAGUGUCCCUUUUGCCCAGAAAAAAAAAAAAGAAAAAAAAAAGGAAGAAAUAAAGAAAUAACCUUACAAUCAUUUGAAACAAAGCCAAGUAUUACUUUUAAAAAGCUACCUGCUUUCAAUUAAGCAGGAAAUUAUCUAAGAAGCCACUUAAUUUGCUUUGGUCUGUAGUCCCACAACUGCUUUAUGCUGAGUGGAGCAUGAAAUUAAAUAUGUAACAACUAUUCUAAUGGUAAUGUUUCAGAAUGCUAGCGUUGGAGAAUCUUCAGUAUUCUGAGGGGUAACAAAUACAAAAACAUACAAAUCAAAGACUGGCUGCAUUGGGUUUGAGAAAAACAUAAACUAUUAUUA